CCUCGGGAAAAAGGCCAGACUUCUAAUGAUGUUUUAAAGUCUGCUUGUGUUCCUCGCACCUGCACUCUUUUCUUUCUUUUUCCUCCUUCCACUAAGAACCUGCUAGAUUUCACUUCCCGUACAGCGAAUAAACAUAAAGGUGAAGUAAUAGGAAGGUGAAAGGCAGGCAGUGUGCUGUCUCUCUCUCUCUUACUCUUCAUCUCUGCCUUAGUGAGUUCUACACAUGGCUUCGUCACUCCUGACCCGGCAGCUGGCCGUCUCCCUUCAGCAAAACUUGCGUCUUGCUGUUCCAGGUUUCAGAUAUGUCAGCAAAACUGCAACAAAAACUGUUUCAGAGUUUGAAUACGACACCCCAUCCAUGAAGACCGCUGUGCCAGGUCCAAGGUCCCAGGAGCUGUUAAGACAACUCGGAGAGAUUCAGAAUGUUGGAGCGAUUCAUUUCUUUUGCAACUAUGAGGAGAGCAGGGGGAACUACCUGGUGGACGUGGACGGUAACCGAAUGCUAGACGUGUACACACAAAUCUCCUCCAUCCCCAUUGGUGAGCUCAGUCAGUAA